AGGAAAAGAAUAGGGAAAGAGAGGGAAAAGAUGGUGAGAACACCUUGCUGUGAUAAAACUGGACUGAGGAAAGGAACCUGGACACCUGAGGAAGAUCGAAAACUAACGGCUUAUGUUACCCGAUAUGGCUGCUGGAAUUGGCGUCAGCUUCCCAAGUAUGCCGGUCUGGCAAGGUGCGGAAAGAGUUGCAGGCUGAGAUGGUUGAAUUAUCUAAGGCCUAAUAUCAAGAGAGGAAAUUUCAGCAGGAAAGAAGAAGAGACUAUCAUCAGAUUACAUGAGUCACUGGGAAACAGAUGGUCUGCCAUUGCAGCAGAGUUACCUGGAAGAACAGACAAUGAAGUAAAGAACCAUUGGCACACAACUCUGAAGAAGCGGUUUAAACAAAAGUCUUCAACACCAAAAGAUGGGAAAGAUAAGAAUGAAGAUCCGGAGAAACAAGGAACAAAGCUAAACAACAACGCCAAUCGUCUUGUAAUCAGUUCCCCAAAUCCUCCUUUGAUUCUUGAAAGCUCACUGUCAUCCCCACAACCAGCCUCGAGCAAUCAAAACUCCUCCAUCACUACAGAUAACAACACAGUUGAAUCCAGAAGAUUAGACCCAGUUUCAGAUAACAAUUUGUUUGAAGCAUACGAGGCGGAUAGUGGAAGUUUCUGGACGGAGCCGUUCUUCUACGAUAGCUAUGACACGUGGAGUGAUAUGUGGGCUGAGUUUCCAUUACUCGACGAUGAAGUCUUAUACCCUUUCGGUUUCUACGAGCUUGAAGGGUUCAACCUCUGAUUGAUUAAAAACAGUAACAUAACCAGGUUGGUGACGCACGUGGUGGGCCUCUGAUGUUUAUUUAGCAGUGGGUGGAGGACUUUUGCAGUAAAAACAUGCAUGGUGGAAUUAGCGCAUUCCCAGCAGUCCUACCUGGUUUAUUGUGAUUGGAGUUCGUUACUGAUUGGUCGGAGAUAGAAUAAUGAAGCGAGGGCAACGUUUCGUGUGGUUUUGUUUGUAGCUUGGGUUUGCUUUUUGUUUUGGAUGUGUGUUGUUCCUUUUUGAUUUUCAUUCGGGGUAGUGUGUAGCUACAAUGUUGUAGU